AACAACACAAACCACGUGACCUGCUGUCAUACUGGAAUGGCUCCCACCACUCACUGUGUUAUUACGCCCUGAGAAAAUGGGAUUCUCCAUACGCCUGUCUAAAACAGACAAAUUUAUCGGCUGUAAAGACGUUAAUAAACGUCUGAGUAAAUCCGGCGUGAUAGUGGUGACUGACUGGAAGAGCCCAACAUGUUAUUCUUUCAGUUACCCGAGGAUGUUCUUUACCUAAUCUUGUCGUACCUGGACUACAAAUCGCUAUGUCGCCUCUCUCAAGUUUGCAAGAGAAGCUAUCACUUCACUCUGCGCGACGUCGUGUGGAGGAGGAUAGCGAAACACUUUAUCAACACUGGAAUGACACGGGAAGGAACAGACCUAUAUCCUACCAUUGCACUGAAGGACAGAGUGAAGAUUUCCCAAAACUGGAGUCAUGGUGUUUGUCGUAACAAUGUCCUUCUCAAGUGGAAGCUUAACUUGUUGCCGUGGCUACAGCUGGAUGGUGAUUUGCUGUAUCUCUCGCAGGCAGCAGACAUUGGAGCUUACGAUCUCAGGGGGGCUGAGAGAGGGAGGUUUCAACAUAAUAGGGUGGACGUUUUUUCAGGACACCAAGAAGACGUGUGUCGAUUCACAUUGACAGAUGCACAUCUCAUCAGCGCUGGAGGGGAUGGGAAGAUCAUCGUCCAUUACAAAAACCGUGAUUAUUCUGUGGAGUAUUAUGGCCAUAAUCAGGAGGUGAACUGUAUUGACUGCAGGGGUGAAUUGAUAAUUAGUGGCUCUAGAGACAAGACUGCUAAGGUGUGGACAUUAAAUCCAGACCAGUUGGGCAAAUGUCUUCAUACCAUCCCUACUUAUGACAGAGUGUGGUCAGUGGCAAUCAGUCCCUCUCUAUGCACCUUCGUGACCGGAACAGCAUGCUGUGAAAACUUUGCUCCUCUUCGGAUAUGGGACACAGAAAGGUGUGACCUGGUGACGUGUCUUGGCACAAAGUUUCGCAGAGGCGCAGGUGUGUUGGAUAUUGUGUAUGAGUCUCCCUUCCAGCUCCUCACCUGUGGAUAUGACACCUUCAUCCGUUACUGGGAUCUGCGUGUCUGCUCCAGGAAGAGUGUGAUGGAGUGGGAGGAGCCUCAUGACAAUGCACUUUACUGUAUGAAGACCGAUAAGAAUUAUAUGAUCGCCAGUGGUUCCUCCUACUAUGGAGUGGUGCGUCUGUGGGACAAACGGCAAACCCGCUGCUUGCAGAUGUUCCAGCUCACCUCCUCCACCAGUAGCCCAGUGUACAGCCUGUGCUUCAAUGCCACACACCUGUAUGCCGCCGUCGACUCAGCCCUCUACUCACUGGACUUUAGAACCUCAGGGCCCAGGCCCAAGAGAUAAAACAGCUCACUCACAACACAAUCACACACACACACACACAGUUACAUGUGCCUUGGCUUUUAAGUCCACAUUACACAACUUCACCACCUUUUCCCUCCAGCUCUGACAUCGAGCCUUUGACCUUUUACCCUUCCAAAACCUCAGCUUAGAACUUCAGGAACCCCAUUAAAAUAUCUGUACCCAGUGUGGCCUUGGAUUGGUGCCACAGAUAGUAGCAGAUAGUUGUCAUUUCUUCACUAAUCUGUGUCGCUGGCUGUUGAAGGAGCAGAGGGAGCAGGGUUCAUGACCUUCUGUGACCUGAGCUUUAACGGAUUUAACACAUUGCCAGCGACCUGUGGGAUUAUAAAACAAACACUGCUCAGAGCUGCCCGAACGCCCCAUGGGUAUUUAUGCUGAAGCAUAUACAGUACAAUAACGGUUUUUUUUCUGCUGUGCUUGAGCUGUUCAUUUUUUCCUCAAAAAAAUUAAGUUAAUUCAGUUGACUUGGCUUUGUGCUUUUUGUAUUUCUUCUGGUCACAGUUAAAAGACGUUGUGAAGGUGUUGCUUUUAUUCGGCAAUUGUUCUGUAUAGAUGCCACUUUAGGCAAAUAAAGAUUUUAUACUGUAAACACA